AGCCAGGAAAGAAGAGAGGGGGAGAAGGACCUACCCAGACAAAGGAAUAAGAGAGGGGGACUCAGUGCUGUUGACGAUUGUGGCUAGGCGAGUAGCAAUACAAAGCGUUCUUUGCAGCAAACAGGUUCACGUGUUAAUUUCUAUAUCAACAGGUUAUGGGCCCAGCUGUACGCACAGCUAACAGCUACUCUGUCUGAACAAUUAUUUUUUUUUUGUGUGUGUCCCCGGCUAACUGUUCCCAAGAAAUUAGAAAUUCUUUUCUGGAGUGAUGGAGAAAGAUGGCCGCCGCCAUGUUGUAUGGUGUCUGAAUGGGAAAAACUACGCGUCUUGGAAAUUUGGAAUGAAGCUGGCGUUACAAAGUGUUGAGCUUUGGGAAGUCGUGAACGGGACUCAACGGCAACCUGCUGAAAGACGCAAUGCUGACCAGGUGAUUGAAAAUGCAGCUGAUAUAACCAACUGGAACAAGAGAAAUACCACGGCAAUGCAGAACAUAUUUGGCGCCAUCAAAGAAGACCAAUCAAGGAUCCUGAUGUCUUGUAGCACAGCCCAAGAGAUGUGGAUGAAAUUGGAGACUGAGUAUGAAGAAGAUGCCGCAGACAAUGCACCUCUAUUGUGGACAAAGUUCUAUGGAUGCACAUUUCGACCAAGCCAAAGUGUAUCAAGCUUCCUGACUGAGUUGGAACAGAUAGCAUUCCGUCUGAAGAGCCUCAACAUAGCUAUUGAUGAUAAUCAAAUAAUGGCAAAGAUACUCAUGUCGCUUCCUCCAGAGUUCCGUGUUUUUGCCUUUGCAUGGGACAGCACGCCUGUUGCAGAGAAAACUCUCAAGAAACUGACUACUCGCCUUAUAGCAUUGGACAAGAGCCUGCGCAACGACGAAGAAGCAAAAUCGACAUCUGAUACUGCCUAUCUCAGUAAGCCGAACAGAGAUGAAUCACAGCACAAAGAGCAAGCACUUCCUGCCCAGUACGGUCAGAACAAAGGAAAAAGCCACCCUUCCAGUCAACAUGCUGGUAUACCGAGAACAUGCUGGGAGUGCAACUCCACUACGCAUGUUAGAGCUCAAUGCCGUCAAUACAAACGCCGGCGUGAGAGAGAAGGAGAAGAAGCGGACAGAAAAAGGAAGCGUUACGAUCGACAUGACAGAAGAGAUGAUAAACUAUGUAAGCUCCCAGGAGCAACUGGCCGAUGCACUCACGAAACCCCUGGCUGCUCCACGCUUCAAGUAUCUCCGUGACAAGAUUGGCGUUCGGGGUGUAGGGGAGGUGUAACUGAAGAGUUAAAGGAGGCUGAUAUUUCUUUUCUUAUUAUUUGUCUUGUGACACUGAACCUAGUAUUUAUGUCUGAUUCAAAUAUGCUGUGUAUUCUGUGCUCAUGUUUAUUUUUGGGGGUCCAGUUUGAGGGGAGGUGUUGAGUAUAAAAGAUAAACAAACUGGACAGUGCGGCAACGCAGGAUAGCCAGGAAAGAAGAGAGGGGGAGAAGGACCUACCCAGACAAAGGAAUAAGAGAGGGGGACUCAGUGCUGUUGACGAUUGUGGCUAGGCGAGUAGCAAUACAAAGCGUUCUUUGCAGCAAACAGGUUCACGUGUUAAUUUCUAUAUCAACAUUUAGAACUCAUGGGAUUCCAGAAUUUUGCAAAGAGAGGUUGCAAGAAACGAUGCCAUAUGUAUAGAAAAAUUGGAAUGACUAUACAUGGUAUGCAAACCAUUUCUGAAGACUAAAAUUCCUGUACAAAUGAUCAUAUACAUGUAAAUAAAAAGUCUGUUUUAGAGUUAGAAAAGGAUAGUUGUACUUCACUGCUUUAUUAGUUGGUCAAUGAUUUCCAAUGAGGUUCUUAUCUUUGCUGUGAAAGUAGGCACACUAAUUGCAGUAAUUGCCUGGUAAUAAAAGUAAUGAGAAUUUUUGACGAUUCUUGCGAAACAGCGAAAGUAAGAAAAUUAUGUUUACAUACAGACUACUGUAAUUAUGGCCCCAGACCUGGUACCAAUAUGUUAGGCCCGAAAAAAGCUUGAGCUGCACGUGGAGCUCCAAAGGUGGCGUUAUCUUCCACUCCAGUGUUACAAACUACAAAGUCGCCACUUUUCGCCACUUUUUGGUGGAGGCUAGUUCCGGAAAGGAAUGUGGAAAAAAAACUAAAUAAUAUUCUGCAAGAAACUAAAAUAUUUGGCGAGCUUCCGAUUGGUUUAUAAGGACAGGAAAAAGACCGAGGCUAGUAUUUUGAUGAUUUUUCUGUGUUUGAAUGUAUAGGUCUAUACUCAAUAAAAUCAUCUACAACACAUAUAUAGCUAAGAGUAGUAUAUGUGUAUAAUGCCUUUACCACAUGUCCUUUCCUACGACAGAUGGUGUGUUCUCGCCCAUAUUAUCGACGAUUUUUAGACUUCGAUUUCGAAACAACAACUGAAGUAGCCUUCGCACAGAAGUGUGUAGACUAUAGAUUGCUAGUGGAACUCGAUCAAUUCUCCCGGCUACUUUUCUUGUUGUCAGCGGUUUUCGAUUGGAACAGUUGUUCACUAAAGUUGCGCUCCCACGUGAAUCAAACUAGCCUAUUUUCAGAGUAACCGAUCAAGCGACCAUGUUUAGUCCUAUAUACAAUACAUUUUUUUUUAAAGAUAAUUUACAAGUUUUACAAAAGCACAACACUCAAAUCAUGUGUAUCGAACAUAUGUUCAAAAUAGGCCCAAGUAUGCGUUACUAUCGUUACUAUGGCUAUAUGCGUUAAUUAAACUCAAAUGUAGAGAUGACUUUACUUAUUAUAUCUGAUACAAGACUACAAGCGUAUAACUGAAGAAUAAAUGACUAUAUUCUCCCAGGGUGAUCGCGAAUUUCUCAUUUGAAUUUAAGGAACGAAAACCAACGAAAACCUUUUUUUUUUUAAAUAUAUACGGGAAUAAGAAUGAGAGAAAACAAACUUCAAAAUAAAAAAAAAAUAAUCUAAAAUUCAAAUAGGUGCAUGCUGGAGAAAAUUCAAGAUAUCUGUUGGUAGUAUAUAUAGCUAGGCUAUAUUAUUUACGUCUCAUCCAUGGAGCUUGGUAGAUCAUAUUAAAACAGGAAUCAAAAGAAAAGAACGGGACUGCGAAUUAGACGCGAGUCUUUAUCGUGUGCGUGAGCUGGACGUGUACUAAUUAAAACUGCAUAAUAGAUCUGGCGGCGAUUAACUGGCAUCACACACAUCGCGGAUGACAUGAAAGAAGAGAGAGAACGACUAUACCGCGAGAUAUGUUGUUAACUCUAUAUGGAAGACUGCCUUUUGUCCAACCUACACCCCCCUAUAUAGCACUCCUCUCAUAUGUAUAGAGAAGCAGCAGGCUCUCGAUGUCGACGGUAUCCAGAUGAGUAUUGAUUUUAUUCAUCGAUUUAUAUAGACCUAUAUAAUAUCGAGCAUAUAAUUGGAUCACCUCGCCCAUGGGGCACUAGAAAAGACGUAUAUAUACACACAGAGGAGGCAGCAAAGGAAUAUAUAGUUGACGAGAUGAAGUCAUAUUUACAGUGCUGGGAAUUGUCGAAUUCAUUACUAUCUGUCAUUCUUGUAUAAUAUGGGAAAGUGUAAUAAUCAGAUUUUAGUUUAUAGUUAUCAACCUUUUGCUAUGUAUAUUUAUUAACAUAAUAUCCUAUGCUGAGCACUUAUAAUAGCUAUUGUAUACUGAGAAUGGGUGAAGACGAUGACGUCUAUACCAGUUACGCAUGAAAAUUAUUCCCCUGAUACCUUAUUUCCUUUUCCUGCGUAUAUUCGCGAGAGCUUGCAUUCUUCAAUAUUUACAACACAACAGUUAGACGAAGAUUAGGAUUGGUGUACCGAAGUAUAUUGCAUACAUACGUAGUAUAACUAUUUUCAGAAUUUUUCUCCCUUUAGAAUUGAUAGAACUGGACCAACUGAUUUUUCGAUGUCUAUAAGCUAUACAUGGACGGAGGAGAUGGCUCACCCUCGCUGGGGUCCCAUCUGCUGAUUGUAUCUCAACGCAACUCACUGAUUAAAUAGAAUCCCCGCCGCCGGCGCACAUAUAACGCAGCCGAUAUGGGCCAAUACUCGAUAGGAUAUAUAUCUGCAACAACGAACCAGCAAGAAAAAGAGAAAAAAAAAAGAUAAAAAGAAAAUUCUUUUGAUAUACGCCUGAUACGGUCUGAUCAAUAAAGAUAGAUCAGUUGACUGUUGCCUAGUCAUGAGCUCGCGGGCUGUGUGCUGAUGGAAUCCUAUCCAACGCCAACGCCGCUGUUGAUGUGCUGAACUGGCUUCCGACAGAACGACCGACUGCGUGAGCUAUAAGAGAAGCAUUGUUUGAACGCCUCAAUCGUUCUUUGUUCGCAUCCUUCUCCAAUCGCCUACGAACCGUAUAGUCUAUAGUUUUCAACGUGCUAAUCUGAAAAGACUAUUUCUUUUCUUUUCUUUCAAGAGCCGCGCGAGACGAGUAUUAAUCCAAAAACGUAUCUCUAGAUGGCUCUGGUAAAAAGAAAAUUCUCUUUGCGAUAUGGAUCUUCGUCUACUACAUGCUAGAGGUAGACUACCCAUAGUGUAUGCCAAGACCCACUGUACGCUCGUUCACCCGAAUUCACGAUAGCAGACUGAUCACGAAGGGAAUAGAAACGAUAGUGCGCUGCUGCUGCUGGGAUAUAUAGCAGGAUUUGACGAACGUUAUAUAUCUACUGGAGGGCUUAUACGCCGCCGGAGUAUUGCAGCACAAGUUGCAACGUCGGCAAUCACGUUAGACUCGGUUAUACUCUGUGUAUACGGCUUUCUUAUCUCUCGAACAGGGCCGUUUCAACAAAGACGACUGAAACGUCUAUACUCUCUAAAGCGAAGCAGAACAUAUUUCUUUUUUUCUAUGCUGCUGCUGCGCUGCAAGACGUUUUCUAUAUACUAUCAGCAGAGUCGGGGGAUGUAGAGAGAAGACGCGUUUUAAUUGUCACAAUGUCAAGAUGACAUAACAAGGAGACAACGUAUAAGAAAAUACUUGUACACAACAACGAUGCUCAUUAUAUGGGAAGGAUUAAAACUGUUUACUACAGUAUCACAACUAUGGAAAUGUGUACUCUUAUUGUAGCUAUAACUUCUUAUCGUUCCUAAGAUAUCAAGACCGAUGUAUUAUACCGUAUAUAGUUACCUAUUUAGCAGUUGCCCAAUCCAAUAAAGCUUAUCGCUAUAUAUAGCAUGCAACGGCACUGAAGAAUAUGUAUACGCAAGCAUUAGAAAGGUUGCAUCUUAUUUUGAUAAGUGCUCUUCUCAUUCCGUUAAUCGAUUGUCCCUUUAUCCGAGAUUAUACUAUAUAUAACGUCAACCGUAUAUAGGCUGAUAUCAGUGCACGUGUAUUGGUCCGUCAUUCGACUGUUAAUCUACAAAAAUAAAAAAAUAAUUACCACCGCAAUCAUUAAUUCUCUUUCAGCUCAAUUCUUAUAAUAGAUAUAGGCUACCAUCCCGUUUAUAUAGUGACGGUUUAUACCAAUUGGGCUAUGGGAGAUCUUAUGGAGCGACCAUUUGUUGCAAUAUCGAUCAAUCCCUAUAGCUGAAUAGAAAUCUUAAACUAUUAGGCUACUAUGCUGGGAGCUCUUCAGUGCUCACUAUGCGAUAUAUUGCAUAUCAACGAAGGGGAGCGAAGUUGAAUCCAAGUUGUCUUUCCUAGAAAAGAUAAAGAACAGCUACUGAAAAUAUGAAAAUUUAGAUUCAAAUCUAGAUGGUGAGACACAAUUUUUUUUCUCGCAGUAGCCCUAUUAUGUCAAAGAGGCAGGCAAUGUCAGAACUGUGUGACGUUGACGUUUAAUGUAUUUUUUUUUUUUUUAAGAAGAAGAUCCCGUUUUCUUUCUUCAUCUCAAUGGCACUUGCUGCAUGUUUAGGGGGAACCUGCCAGCAGCACCUUAUACCGGUUUUGCGAUGUUGUUAACAAGGUUUCUUGACAGGCGUUUAGUCAAAGUUUGUCUAUUUUUCAACGCAAGGUGUAUAUGCAGUAGAUUUACAACCCUAAAAUGAAUUUAAAAAAAACACGAAGCUUUUUCUGUGUACAUCUACACCCCAAUGCUACUGCCUCAAUUCCCUGGAUGUGUUACGAAAGAUAAACCACACGAAAUUCAAUGAUAUAGAAUUUUUCCUUUCAGAUAAAUUUUAUCAUGCAUGAAAUCGUAAAUCAUCCUUGGUGUUACAGCCAUUCAUCAUGUUGGUGUGUUUUAAUUAUUCGAAUGAACUUUGAUCAAAAACAUUAUAGCCUAUACCAUCACGCCUCUUCUGAUGUUUCAAUUCAUAAAUCUUUCACAGUCCACCAUCCCAGACUUCCGUGAAAUCCUAUAUUGAAGUCAUGAAAGUGUUUUCGGUGGAAACUUUUCUUUUGAACAACCUAUAGCCAUUUAAAACAUUGAACAGCAAUGAACUAAACAUAAUCCCAGAAGGCCAUCCAUUUAGUAGGCCUACAUGCCGUUUAUUGAGCACCUUGGCUUAUAAUUAAGAUCGCCAAAGCAGUAAUUGCCGGUAAUUGCUGCAUGACUUGAUUACAUAUAAAGUUAACCUUUAUAUAGUGCCGUGCGCGUGUAUUAAUAUUUUAUUCUACAACCGAAUCUAUAUUACCGCUCCCGCGCCACGGUGCACAAGCAGCCAUAUAGUCAGGCAUCAAAAGGAUUUUAAAGCGCAAUAUUUAACAAAUGGGUCGAUGUCCUAUAUAGUAGUACAGAAAUCGAUGAGACCCAGCAUUCAAUCCGGUAUACAUAUAGCCUACGCCUGCGACGAGACAGCUACUUGUAUUUCUCUAGAACCCAAUAACACGCAAAGGCAAAAUCACCGUAUGUAUUCGUUGCCAUGCUGGGCAUGACCUGUUUGUUUGAUGCCAACGCGAUAUCAUGAAAUCUAAGAAUAAUAAAUCUUGGAAAUCGUUGAGCAGUGAAUCCCAGCACUCAGCACAAAUGUAGCCUAAUUUAUCCACGGCAUUCUUUAAUUGUUUGUCUUAUUCAACGCCAUUCUUCGUCGCCGUCGUUUCUAUUCAAGAUCUAUUACGUAUAAUCAUCAUUAGUCGUUUAGAAUUAUUCAAUUCCAACAAGUCGAGAGUCUAACGCCGUGCGAUCUAUACAAGGAUCUUGAUGUACAUCAGCAACAUCAGCAAAGCAGUAUAGUGCUAAUAGCAUCUAAAAAAGACACCCGUCACCAGUGACAGCAAAAAAACAAGAACCAAAUGGCAAUAUAAUUAAGUUCGCAAAUGUAGAAAAGGCUGCGGAAUAAUUGAAAGGGAAAUGCUGCUCAUGGCGUCGCCCAUCUAUUUGAUUUGUCAACCUCCGUCGUACACACAUUAGCCUUAAUGAUUCACAUCAGCAGCACAGCGCCAAACCUAUAGGAGAUAAUAAGCUUUACUUUUUUUUGUCUGAUGUGUUUUUCCGAAAGAACAAUGUCGGCUCGGAAAUGCGCUUGAUGGCUUGAACUCUCUGAUCCGCCUGGAAGUUGAACAAUUUUUCACAAGCAUCAGUACGAAUAAGAAGGGCGCGGCGACGAGGAACUCGAAGAACAGCGCAGAACAAGGGCUUCAAUGGAAACGGGAGGGUGCUGUCGGGAGUCUCGAGGGGGGGGGGAGGAGGUGGAGAUAGGAGAUGGGAUGAGAGUUUUCUGUGUGUACAUCUAGCCAGGGUGCGCGAAACGACAGACAGACCGAUCGAUACCCUGCAACAUACAUAUAGGAUAGAGCCCAAUAAUAAUAGCCUAGUCUACUCAUUCCCCCUGUAUAGUUGAAUUUUGGGUUAUUCAACCGGUAGGCCUAUUAUAUGUAGGCUAUAUUGCCAUAAGGUAAUUAUCAGAGGCUAUAUACAUAGAUUUCAGACUCAGUCCGUUUAAAAACAAGAGAUUAAAUGUGUCUAUCUAGGCCUAUUAGUUUGUGACAAUAAAACAUAUUUAAGCUCAUAUCUCUCCACUAGCAUUAUAUAACAUAAUAACCAUCAGGUUGUCAUUUUCCCUUUUUUUUUUGGGCUUUUUCCAUCCAAGUUUUCAUGUAAGCUAUCAUAAGAAAUGAACGAUUAUACAAAACUGCUUGUCGAAUGAUCCAACCUUGCAGGUUGGUCUGUAUAUUUCAUCGCCUGCAAGGGUGGGGCGAGACCUGAAAUCAGUCAAGACAUGAACAAUCAAAUAAGUCUCUAUCAAAGCUACACGUAUGCUGGGCAGAGAUCUAUUCGAACUAAUGGGGGAGUGUCAGAUAGGCAACAUGCUGGUCAAGAGCAGGGAAUCCAAUAAUUGCUGCCGGAGGAAAGAAUCAUUUGCCAAUUGUCCGAGUCUCCGCGAGACAAAAAAAGGGUGCGGCACAACUGACAUCAGCGGACGGUAUACGCUGUGCCCUGUGUAGUAGCCCAUCAUAGGUGGUGUUCAUCUAGCGUGCACACGUCGUCGUCAUGCGAGAGCGUGCAGGACACUGUAACGAGCAACUUGAGCUGCACAAUUCGAUAUAACAGUCAAAAAGGGAAUAAAAGGACGAGGAGGAGGACGCCCAGCAGACCUGCCAGAUAGUUGAUUUUGUUUAUUUGUUGUUAGACGCUUUUAGUCUAUUUAUUUCUUUUAUUCUAUAUUAUAUCCGCGUCCCCCUUUUUUUCUUCUUCUUAUAUAUAUAUUCGCCUCCCCCCUUUUCUUUUCUUUGUUGUUAUUGUCGGUUCACGCACUGCCGGCAGCGCUGUGAGCUAGAGCUUCCGUCCGUCCGUUUCGUUAGAUAUCGACGGGACCAGCAUAUAACCCGCGUGCACCAAUAAUGUGCUCCCGGCCUUUGCUUGGCUCUCUCUCUCUCUCCAGCAAAGGGGGGGGGGGGAACUGGGAGUAUGUGCGAGUUUCGUUACAAAUCUUGUUUGAGACCAUCGAGGGCGACCAGUAGUAGUGUAGCGACCACCGCAACUUCCUGAAUCCUGAUGAAAAACCCGACUGGACAUGUAUACACAUAGGCUACCCAGCAGCAGCAUCGCUGUGCUGUGUGCAGCUGUCAUCAUGUAGAGGGGAAACUCUCUCUCUAGUAGUAUCUCACAAGCCGCCAUGGCAUCAUCAUUUGCCAAAAACGGCGAAUUUGCCAAAAGGGAAGGUUCUGGGAGUGGUAUCUGACCAGCGGCCACGCUCUUACUUCAUUGGCUGCAUACUGGGCCGUAAUUGUGCCAUCUAGUGCUACCGAGUGAACGGCAACCGUCGAUGACCCUCAGGGGCUAAUCGUACGAACUUAAGGACACAACUUCAGAGCGUGUGUCAGCUAGUCAAGAAUACCGGGGUUAUAUGGGUAACGAUCUUUAUAGAUAGACGUCCUUUAUAGCAACAGGACGCCUAAUAGAUCGGGAGGUGAGUUUAGAAGUAAAUUGACACGUAGAGAUUAGUAGUUAUGUGAGUAGUUAUUUUAGUGUGAGUAGUUAGUAGUUGAGUUAGCAGUUAGAUUAUUAGUAGUAUUGAGCAGACAGUUGAUGAGGAACAUUUAUACAAUUUGGAGGGACCGAGAAUCGAACACGGGACAAUUUGGUGGGAUACAGUGUGCUCUAACCAUUGCGCUAUGGUUGCACGUCUCAACGUGAAUUAAAUCGAAUCAGUAGAGGUCUACAGACGCCUUGGGGUUCUUGAUAGACUUGAUUUUUAGCAGUGCAAACAUGAUGUCUCUGUGGCCUAAAGGAUAAGGCGUCGGCCUACAAAGCCGGAGACUGUGGGUUCAAGUCCCGAAUUCUCCAAUGAAAGUGCUGUAUAGUGGACAGAUGGACACGGUAACCAAUCAUUUCCCCCACGCUGGUCGCGUGUGUCAGUCUCAGCUCCCGCCGGGUAUAUAACUAUAUACUAAGAAAAACAAAUCCGGCGCCAAUCAAAGACAAGGAAAGAAACAAAAAAAAUAAACCCGAGCAAUAUCAAGGCGCAUUCAAGAUAUAUAAGAAGAGACGUUGGUAUUAGAUAAAUAGUAGAACCUUAUUCGCUUUUGUAUAUAUAAUAAUAAACCAAGAGCAGCCGGAAAUCUUGCGCAGCGACGAAUAAUAUGACGAGGGAAAUGAAUAAUAGACGCGAGAAAGCGAAUUCAUUUCGUUUGAUGAGUGACGUGCUGUGAUGUAAGUUCGUCAAGGAAAACUCGUUAAUUUGUUGAGAUAUAUUACAUGAUUAAAUAAUAGCGUAAUAGAACGCGGUAAUUCUCAGCAUCCGCAUACGGGUUGUCUUCUUCUCAUCGCUGCCGCUGCUGUGUGAUGUGAUGGUUUGGCGUCUGUGAUGUCUAGACACACAAUCCGGAAGAAUGUCGGAAUAGAGUUGCUGCUGCUAUAUAGUAAUUGCUAUUAGGAAAGGCCAGCAUCAACAAGAAGUGUUUAUUGUGCUGCUGGGGAUGGUGCGUGUGCUGCUAGCAGCACGUAUAAUAAGACUAUACACAGCGAGAGAGACAUGCGCUGUACGCGCUGACGCCGCCGCUCGUCGUCGGGCACACCCAUUGGCACAUCAGCAAACCUUAUAUAGGAGCGAUUGUAGCGAUGGAUCUAAUGCGAUGCUGGGCGCGAGACUUUCUCAUUCAAUUUCACCGCGUAUCGCCACUAUCGAAUCAAGACUCCAAUUGCGUAAUAAGCAAAUGGAAUAAGAAAGGAACCUCUAUUCGCCUCUAUAUCCAGCUCGCUCGACCCAACAGGAUUCUUGAAAGAUAUAUUUAAAGAUAUACAUGUGAAGCGUGAAAAGAAAUACUAUAUACUCUUUUGCUGCUCUCUCAGCACAAUAUAUAAUACCCAGGGACGAAGUAAUAGAUCCCAUUGACGCGGCUGUGCAUGUGUGGGGGGUGUGUACAUAUAAGAGGCCCAUCAGGAAUGAUCUUUUGCCUGUUGAUAUUGCAUUCAUCAUAUCUUUCUCAGCGCGCCCAACUCUUUUUUGCUUAUAUACGCACGUCAUAUUAGGCUAUAUAUGUGUUUGCCGUGUGCUGUGGAGGGGUGUGAUGAUGUACAACAUCUUCCAGCACACACAAAGGUAUAUACAAAGGAUGAAUCAAAUGAGCUUUGUGCGAAAAGCAAGCAGCAACGCGAAACGCGCGGCGCGGGGGGGGGAUCCUUAUAUAUGAAAGGAGGUGCCCAUUCGAUAUGAGUUGCUCCUGGCAUCCCAACUUGCACCCCUCACUCUCUCGGGCCAGCUCAGUUCAGCGGCUGGCUUUCUGAAGCGUGGACGUGUCGCACAUACACUCCCAACAGGCUAUACACAUAGUAUCUAGGGGCUUCGACCUAUACCAGCACAAAGAGCAGCAUAGGUAUACAGUGAAUUCCGUGAAGACCUCUCGCCUAUAUACAUGUAGGAGCAUAUAGGAGCGAGCCGAACGAUAUAGCGCUCCGUUUUGUUCCAUUGGGAACUGCAUGCUGCUGCUGGUGUAUACAAGAAGCGGAGCAAGUGCGGCACGCACGACAUCCAUGCACUUGUCAUUUUGUGGAUGCUCCCGUUUUAACGUUUAAACCAUUCAACUUGCUGUGUGCGCUGUCGACCGAAUUGCGCUCUCUGCUGUGGUACUUCAUCUAUUAUGCGAGGUGCACCAAACA